AUAUCUAUCAAAACUACCUAUAUCCACACUAUUUCAGUGUGUGCAAAGGCCGCCCAAUCAGUUUGCAUCGUAUGUCGUAUUUUGAUCAAAACAUUUCGGAAACCCGAACCGGUUGCAUACACUUCUUCUUGAAAAUGCAGAACAACAUCAUCGCUUGCGUGAUUGUUGUGUAUCUAUGCCUGGCUGUCUCCACAUUGUUGGGAACAUUUGCCACUUUGUUUCGGAAUGUGCCUGCUGCCAUGGUAACCGGAGUGCUUCAUGUAACCUCAGGUGUGUUCGUGAUAUUUGCGAACUGUAUCCACCACACGAAAUUGAAUAGGCUGGAGGACGAGUGGGGACCAUGUCAUCCCCUAACGAGAAUUCCUGAACAGCUAUAUCGACCGGAGUAUAUUUCCGUGCAAUCUCACUGGCCAGUGAUUGCCAGUUGGAUAUCCUCACCGAUAUUUUUCGUCGCCUCGUUCGCUUGGAUCAUCUUUACCCAGGCCAUGACGUCCGAGAACUCUAAGAUGCUAUUUUGAUGCCAUAUUCUUCAAUUACACCCUUGGCGACC